AUGGAGCUGGAGGAGCUCUUGGUCAGCCGUGGCGCAUCCAUCAAGUCCCUGAAGCAGCACUUGCAAGUGAAGCUGGUGCAGUCUAGAUACCGAAUGCAGUUGGCACAUAAUGGCCGGCUACUACGCGAUGAUGAACUUUUGGGGGAUUUGAGGAUGCCUGCAGAUCUGCAGCUAGUGCUUCUGCCAUUGUGCCGGGGUAGAGCCGAAGAGCUCGUAGAGGCAGCCAUCACGAAAAUGGCUGAUGAAGUCGAGGCACUUUUGGCAGUGCGCCAAGAUCCCAACGAAACUGCUUGGGUGGGUAGCACAGCUUUGGUGGCUGCGGCUGGCAGCGGCAGGAUGCAGAUCAUUUCAGCCUUGAUCGACGCUGGAGCAGACAGGAACCAAACAGACCACAACGGGCGAUCACCCUUGUGGGCUGCCGCAGAAAACGGUCAUCUUGACGCCGUGCGCUACCUCAUUGCAGCUGGCGCAGAUACGGAGAAGGCCGACAAGCAUGGAUCCUCCCCUUUGUCAGUGGCCUCGGAGAAUGGUCAUCUGGAGGUUGUUCGCUGCUUGAGUGACGCCGGUGCUCAGGAUGAAAAGCCCGAUGAAUGUCCACAGUGUAGCUUUUGGUUGUCGGCCAUGCUCUGCACCGCAGAGGCAGCUGGCAUGUUGAGUACAGCAGGGGCAAGCUUAGGGCUGUCGUGCGUCAUUGCUCAGAUGAUGCGCUGGAAGCUCUUCAGCGGUGCAUAG